GUUAUUUUGUUUGUUUGGCAUCGAAGGCAUUCUAAAAGAGGAUUUAAUCUCGUCCGACGUGGCUCUUAGUCUUCUCAGCUCUCACCUUACAUCAAUGCAGGGUAGUCAAGAUAAAGCUAUCAGGACAAAGUCUCUCAAGAUUUUACGUCAGUUGGAGAGGCUUGAAGCUGACACCAGUCUAGAUCAGCCACUGAUGCCAGAGAGCCAGCUCAUGUCCCAGUCAGUAUUAGAGGCUGCUGAGGCUGAAAUACCAGCAUCCUUGGCUAACACAACUCCACUGAAAACUGUUCUGCCAAGAGAUGCCUUUUCUUCCUCAGACGGAGCACCAAAAUCAUCUGGAGGAUCUUUGUUCAGUGGUAUGACCGUAGCGACCAGAUCGCCAGUAGCUCCUGGAGGGAAGACCUCAACAGGGAUGUCUUCGAGUUCUGCCAGUAGGCACAAGGAAGCUAAAGAAGGACAUUCAGUAGCUGAUCUGCUAAUAGACACCCAGUUCAUGUCAAAGUCAGACUCGUCAGAAACAAACUUACUCCUUUCUGACACUAAGCCAAGUUCAGUAACAAAUAAUCGGACACAAGGAGAGUUCACACAGGUAAUGAGUGCACCUGCUGCUUAUAGCUUAAGCAAUGUAAACCCUGCAGCAACACCAGUACACCAGAAAUCUGUUGAUCCAGAGGCAUCUCAGCACAGUAGGAUGGAUCCUAUAAUGUCCAGAGAGGCAGGGUUCGCUGACCUGUGGAACACUGUGUCCCCCAAGGAAGCAUCUUCUGACCCAAAGGCUUCAUCAAACCAAGUUCUCUCACAGCUCGGUACAGCAACGCCACAGGUUGAUAUGCCUUCACAACAUCCCCAUCCUAGCAUGACCUUACAGCAGCCAGUCAUGUCAGCACAGCAUAUUUCCCAGAUGUACCCUCAGCUAUCGUCGAUCACCCUGAGUGGGAUGACCUCGACACCGAUCAAUCUUGCCAAAAAACCAACCACGGGGUUUGGAUUUGUUGUGGACAAUGAUGAUAAGAAGCAGAAAGCAGGAGCAAGUAGAGAUGCCUUUAGUUUCAUCCAAGAUGCAAUGAAAAAUAGCAAAUCCUGAUGACUAAUUAAAGAGGAAAUUAACCUCGCAUGG